AUGCGGACGCUGAAGCGAUUCGGACGUAGAACUUGACUUGAACGGCAAGCAUAAAAACGUUUCGCAGCGACGACAGCAGAAGCAGUGCAUGUGAGCAACAGCAACAACAGCAACAACAGUAGCAACAGUGACAGUGACUAGACUUAAAAGACUGUUGUGCUCGUAAUAAACAAAAAUAGCAACAACAACAAAAGCAUAGCUCGUUCGACUGCUCUAAACGAAUUAACGAAUUCGCAGAAUUUUGGCGUUUUUCUUGUCAAUUUUCGGUGUUGAGAAUUUUCGUUUGUAAUUUUUUCGUAACAAAGCAUUUUUUCAUGUAUUUUUGAUUUACAAGCAGUCUGCUUUUGCUGCUUAACGUUGUGACAAAACGUGCGCGUUAAGAAAAAAUUAUUAAAACAAAUUGCAAAAAAAAAAAAGCAAAAGUAAAAGUCAAUGCAAUCAGCGACAAACGAGUUAAGCAAGCAUUGGGAACAAUUUAAAAAAUAUAUAUAAAUUGUUAAUUGCUAAACGUGCAUUUGUAGGUGUGUAGCGAGUGUGUGCGAAAAAAGUUCAAAGUGCUGACAAAGUAAACACACAGCUGAAAACCGAUUUAAGGACAUUCUAAACCAACUACAACAAAAAAGGCCGCGACCUGCUAAAUAAAGCAGAUAUUUUAAAUAAAUAUUCGAACCAGUCAGUUAGAUUCAGUUUUCAGAGUGUGUGCCGCAAGCCUUUUUAAUAUAGCAAAUAACAGCAGAAUAGGAAUAAUUAAAAUAUCAAUAUUUUUCACAAAAAAUUUCACAAAUUUGAAAUUAAUUAAAAGCGCGCUGCAGUUUGUAACAGAACGAAAAAAAUACAACAAAAAGUAGUAAGCGUUCGUCGUAAUUCGCACACUUGGUCAAGUGAACGGCAAGGAAUUUAUGGGCAGCGCAAGCAAACAUAAUUAAGCACAAAUAAGACAAAAAAAAAACAACAAAUUUUAUAAAACAAAACAACACACGCAAAGCACAAAAAGCUGCUUAAAACUCAAAUCAGUCAGUUAGUUAGUUAAUCACUCAAUCAGUCAGCAGACUCUAGCAUUCAGAGCAGCGAUAAAAAGCCACUAAACUUGUACAAUACAAUGCGCAAACACAUUGCAGCCAUACUUUUGCCAAACAAUUACACAUUUUAAAGUGCUUAAACACAACAACGACAACAACAACAAUAUUUAAAAAAUAAAACUCAAAAAGCGGUAUUUUUAAAAACAUUUGCAUUAAAUAUAAAAUAAUAAUAAAACACUAAGACGUGAAACAACGAAAUUGUGCCAAAAACAACAACAACAGCAACAAUUUAACCGUAUAACGUUGUAAAUUGUGUGCAAAAUCGCACAGCGCAUCCGCGAUACUCAGCUGCCUUGUACGCUAACAGAAUUUCGAAUGCGACUCCAAGUGCUUUAUGUGUGACACACUGCGAAAUCCGCAAAUAAACAAAUCACAACAAGACGUAUAUUGCGAAAAAACGACAAAAAACAACAACAAUAAAAAACGACUUAAGUUCGUCUUAAAAGUCGCGUUGAAACAUCUUCAGUUGGUGGCGACUUUCCACAUAAAAAUUUUCUCGCCAAAUAAAUAAGCCACCGACUUGGCACUAACUGCAUUUUGAAAACCACAAACAACGCGCUGCACAAAAAAGAACAGCAGCAACAAAAAACAACAGCGAAAAACAAACAAAAAAUUAAAUUGUAAAAAACCGAAAAAUACAAAAUAAAAAUAAGUAAAAACACAUAAACCAAGCAAAAGCAUCUUCGUUGGAAUUUCAAAUACAAUAAAUUUGGGAUUAACCAGCUGCAUUAAUCGGCAACGGCGGCGUCAACGGAAAUCGCUGGUUCAAUGUUGCGUCUGCAUUUUGUUGCCAGUAAACAACAGUAAGCAGUAAACAGCAAGCAGCCUUCAAGCGGUUCAGCGGCAAUUGCAAACAUUUACAGUUUUCCGCCGUUACAUUGCCAGCUGCCAGCAACAUUUCACACGCAACUUGCACUCGCUCUACUCUUGUUCCUUCACGCUCCUAUCCUUAAGCCAGCAGCGCGCUGCAGAAUGCAUUCGCUUGCUAAAAGAAACUGUAUUUCAACGAAACUUUGUACCGUUGUGUCAGCGGUAUUACCAUUAUGAAUCACCGCGUGACGUGCACGUGAAUCAUAAAGGGCGAAAAGCAUUUAGGUGGUAUCUUAUUCCCCUUUUGUUGUUGUCUUAUUUGAAUACCAAAUUUACGUGGAUCUUAAGUGCAGAAGCAGCAGCAGCAACCACAGCAGCUGCUAAGAUUGGAGAGGUCGGAGGAUCAAAAGUGAUCUUUGGUACGACGCUCAAAAUUUGCGUGGGCAAUAGCGGAAAAUAUUGUCGGGGAGACGUGCAAAAUUAAGUCAAGUGCAUAAGCAGCAAGGCGCUGGUGAAUUCUUAUCGUGAGAACGUUAUGGCAUCACAUUUCAGUUGGUUCGUCAAAUUACUCUUCCUGCUAUUGAUGUUGGCGCGAGCACCGACGAUCGACACACGGCCCGCCAGCGCAGCACCAACAGUCGAUCUUAUUGCGGGGAAUGAGUUUCUCAAGUUGCUUUUCGAACGUGAUGAAUCACAGCGCGAAUUGCAUAGCGGCGAGCACGAUGCAAGCGAACGCGUGGUGCGCGGACUGGAAGCGCGUAGCGGCAGCAGCAGCAGCGGCAGCACAGGGGCUGCUGGCGAAAGGCGAGUGACGCGCGCCGAUCAUUACCAGUCGACAGGCGCUGCAACUACGCAGUCAAGUGAUUUGGGUAAUAGAGGCGCGGCGGCGCGUAGCCUUAGUUAUAAGAGUCGUAAUGUGCAGAACGAAGCGACAGCGACAACGACGGCGAAAACAACGCACGCUGAAGAGGGCAAACAAGUGGUGAAGUUGGUGACAUCAGGCAGUAAAAUUGUGUUCCUCGAAGAGUACGACGACAAUGACGCCAUUGUGGAUGCAGUGGCGCGUGACAUUGAUCUAAAAAAAGAAAAUACUGAAACACAUAGUAAACUUACUUCAAAGUCAAUCGCGACGGAACAAGUGCACAUGCAUGAAAAAUCAAAUCCUAGCGAUGAAGUCAAGGUAGUGGCGGUGAGCGUGUCAUCAUCGAGCAAACGUGGUGGCCAAAGUCGCACAACAAACAAUCAAUAUCACAUAGCUGACACAGAUAUGUCAAAACAGAGCAAUAAAUAUUCCGAGACACGUGCAUCAAUGCCACACACAGAUAUAAUGCGACAGCCGUACAAGCAAGCACCACAUGACAACAGCGCUGACAAAAGCCACAGCGUUGACAACAUGUCCACCAUGACGGCAACACUAACAACAACAGCGCCAACUGCGACAAUGACUGCAUCAGCUACCUCAACGAUGGACGACUUUGUGAAUCGUUCACACAAAAGUGAAUUCUCAAUUGAGGAAGCCGAACCGUUGACAAUGUCGCCACAAAAGUUGCGCGGCGCACCGCAACCAGCACGCGCUAAUAGUCCGCGCUCACUGCACACGCCACAUGCCGUGAGUGGACGUGCCGUUAAAAUGGCUGCCAACUUGGAUGUGGUCGACUCGGAGAAUAGUGCCUCAACCAAUAUACAAAACGUGUUGGCAGCGCCACUAACGCAGUCCGCUUCCACACGCACCGCACCAGCUGCAUAUCAGAAUGGCAGCAACAAACGUAACGGCACGUCCGCACCCAUAAAUCACAGCAUUGCAAAUGCAGCGCGUUCACAUGUCAACACGCAAAUUAGUGGUGAUGAUGACAUGAGCGAUACCGUUAUGCGCGACACGUCCGCAGCGGUGGCCCGUGAUGAUGCCGCCAACGCUGAUAUGGAUGAAAAAUUGUUGCCCUUCCAAACGGUGAUCUAUCACAAUACCAAGGAAGGACACGGCCCACAGUCCCGCUCCAUAUCGUAUAGUUCGUUGUCACAGAAUGUGGAAGAUUUACAUGCGUGGCGGCAUACGGGCAUUUUGGCCGAAGCACAGCGCAAUGUUAGCGAGAGCUUGAAGCCCAUACAUAGUGCACAAUUGGCGCAUAACUCAGAACCAGCGAAAUUUUAUUCGGUGCCAUCGAAAAUGUACAGCGAGCCGUCGAAAUUUUACUCCGAACCAGCUAAGGUAUAUUCCGAACCGUCUAAAGUUUACGGUGAGCCCGAGAAGUUUUAUUCCGAACCCGCUAAAGUAUAUGGCCAACCCUCCAAGUUUUACUCUGAACCAGCAAAAGUAUAUUCACAGCCUGCUAAAGUCUAUGGUGAACCGGCGAAAACUUAUUGGUCACCAAGUGCUGCCGGUGCUGCUGUAACCACUUCAACGUCUACGUCCAGCUCUACAAGCAGCUCAACUACAAUCUCAACUACGACUACACGCCCUGGGCGUUACAUGCCCUCACGCCGACCCGCCAUUGUGUCACGCAUCGCUUUCGGUGAGGCACAAACCUCAACAGCAGCACCACCACAGCUUUUAGAUGAACAUCCACCAGUCACAAUCUCGUCAAUUCCCACUAACCAGCAUCAACAGCAACAACACACGCAUCACACACGUUUCCAUUCGCAUACUCAUAGCCAUAGUCAAAGUCACGGUGCGCAUAGUUCGCAUGGUGCACAUGAUUCACAUAGUUCGGUGCAUACUCACUUGCAUACUCCAGCCAACAGCCAGUCACACGCUGAAGCAGCCACGCAACCUGCCCAAUCGCUAUCACAAUCACAGUCACAUUCCGCGCAAUCGCAACCACGUCGGGUACUCUUCAACUUGGAUAAAUUGCCAUAUGAUUUAUUGAAUGCGCCGCAAUCACCGCAACAUCUCUUGGAUCCCGACUUCUCGCACAGUCCACCGGCGGCUGUUACCUACUCAUCGCCCCGACAACGACAAUGCUUGGAGUCCGCCUUCUCGGCGUCGUUGUCUCAAUCAGCCUUGCAACAGCAACAGCAGCAGCAACGUCAAUAUUCGUCAUUGUCGGACCAACAUUCUAAUCAAAAUGCCAAAGGAUUGCCUAAUCGAGAUCUAGUCAAGUGUGUUUCCAAAUACAACCAACCAUUAGCCACAUCAACGGCCACAACAGAAAGCAACCACAAUGGCGAUGACGACAAUAACGACAACGACGACGGCGGCUUGUACACGCCGACCCCAGAGCAAAAUUACGAAAUUGAAGAGUCCGUAAGUGUUAUGACAAACGGACGAGCCCACGGUAUACAAGGCAAUGCGGCGAUGACUACAACGGCCAGACCGUUUGCAAUGCGCACCACGAAAUUCCCCAAUCGCGGUGCGAUACACCAUCAACAACAGCACCAACAACAACAUCAUUAUCAUGGCAACGCCAACACAAAUGCCAAUAUAGACAACAACUAUGAUGAUAAUGUGGCGAAUAUAGGUGGUUUGGAUGACGAUGGCAUUGCUGGGGAUGGCAGUAAAACCGGCGGCGGCGACGACGACGACGAUGCCAAGGUGGCGUAUGUGGUCGAGGGACGUAACUAUCGCAAAUAUCGCGUGGAAGAGAAGACCGAUGACGGUUUCAUUGUUGGCGAGUACGGUGUGGUUGACCAUAAUGAUGGUAAUUUACGUGGCGUACGUUACACCGCCGAUUCGACCAUCAAUCGCAGUCUGAUACAAAAGGCGUUGUUGACAUUUCUUAAGCUCAAGUAGUCAAAUGGACAGCGAAAGGUGAUGUUGGUGGCACAGCGCUGUCAUGGCGUACGGCAAAUGGUGGUAAAGGUACAUACUCACUUAUAUGGUGGUUGGUGAUGCGUAAAACGUAUAGCGGUGGGCGGCAAUGUGCGGUGCGUGUGCGCAGGCGCCGAAAUCAGCGCAUGAGUCUGCAAGCACAUCUCUCUCUCGGUAGGUUAAGGGUAGUGAGUUGCUGACACGCGGGUUGUGUGGUCAUCAAAAUAUUAUAUAUACUGAGCGUCACGCGUUGCCGAAGCGGCAUCGGUUUGCGUGCCCAAAAGUUAGAGUGUAUGCUGACAGUUAAACGUCAAAGCCGACGCCGACGCUAUGAAAGCUAUGUGCGCCUAUUCGCAAACAGCGUGUCGUUAAGCGCAAAGUAUUUCUUGUCUAUUCCUUGUGAGUUAUUCACAAUUUUAUUUUGUUUUUUAUUUUUUACAAUUUUAUUUUCGUAUUUUGUACUUUUGUUUAAGACGCAUUAGACAAGCUGAAAAAUAUGUGAUCCAAGUCGUACUGUAGGUAGUUUAACUAGGAAGGAAUACACUAAUACAUAUAAACUUAUAAAGAAUCUUUAGAGUAUACAACUAGCAUACUUAGACACAAAUACACACUUACAAAUACAUAUACAUUUAUAAGCGUAUACUUAGCGUUAAUUUUUUUAUAGCUUAUAAAAUGUCAAUACUGCGCAUUGAUUGCAAUCGUUUGUGAAUUUAAUUUAUUAUAGUUUUUUGUAUAUUUUAUUUUUUUUUAAUAUUUAUUUUAUUUUUUUAUACACACAGCACUUACCAGCGUACAUAUGUGUGUAUGUAUGCAUGUGUAGUUGUUAGAGUUUAGUCUUCGUUUUAGUUAACUCAUGUUUAGUGAUUUAUUGCAGAUGAAAACCACUUGCCAUAAAUUUCCGUAGCAAAACCAAACAAAACACAAAAACAAACAAAAAAAUAACAAAGACAAAAAUUCAAAAAAAAAACUAUUCGUAUUUGUAAUUUAGUAAAAGUGUUUUAUUCUUAAAUAUAUAUGUAUAUAUAUAUUAUUUAAAAUAUACAACUGCUUAGUAUAAGCUACACAAGUUUGUUUGUUUGACUUAGUUCAAACUCAUAAGUAAUUGCAACAAGUCGAUAUUUUUCUACACGGACCAUCAGUGUCCACAAUUAAAGCUAAUAACUAUUUAUAUGUAGCAGUAAUUGUUCGAUUUAGCAUUCAUUUAAGCGGUAGACAAUUGUUAACAUUAAACGAGAUUAUUUAGUGACAAAAUCUUUACUUGUAAGAUUUAUCAGAUGAUCGUGUUUUCUUAGAAAAACAUGGAAACUUGAAUCGAACAAAUUUAUUUAGACAAAAAUUGAAAGGCAAAUAAUAUGAACAUAUGUCAGCGGUAAAUAAAUUUUACAUAAAUACAUAUCAGUUGUAAAUAAAAAUUUUAGUUAAUUGCACUGUUGCAAAUUUUUUAAUACAAAAAAAUUUUUUUUAAAAUAAUUAACGAUGCUAUGAUUAAAAAUUAAAGUUUCAUUUUGCACUCCAAGAUAUCUGGGAUUAAAAAUUUAAAAUAUUAUUUUUUGAUUAGAAUGAACGUGAUAAAAUGUUAAUUCGAAAACAAAUUCUUUUAUUAAUUCUUAACAUAUAAUUGAGAUUGAAAUUUUUAAUUUUUAUUUUCAAUCCGGUAGUUGGGAUUAAAAAAAGAUUUUUAAUUUUUAAUCUGGUUUUUGGAAUUAAAAUUUUUUUUAAUCCGAUUAUUGGGUUUUAAAAUUUUUUUGUAAAUUCCAUAUUUGGAUUUACAAAAUAAAAAAAAUUUUAAUUCAAUUAUGUUUUUAAUGCAUUAUGCAAGUUUUAAUGCAACCAGGGUUGCAGAUUAUAUGAAAUCGUUACGCUUUCAUUUACAAUAAAAACUAAUCGUAAAAAGGUUAUAUAAGUACUAGACAUAUAUUAGCGACACAGCGUAUGAAUAUUCUUGGUAUGAGUAGAUAAUAAUUUAGAACUGUUUAGUAGAUUACACGAUGUCAAUGCCGUCGAUACGUUAUCAUAACAAUGACCGAUAUUAUUUUGCCAUUAUCGUAGCUACCUUAAUGAAUAAAAUGCAAAUUUAAAUACAAGCAUUCCCAUUCAGUCUACUGCUGUGAUCAAAAAAAAAGGUGAAUUUGUUUAUAAAAUAUAAAUUCUUUAUUUAAUCUUCUAAAUCAAUUUCAUCCCCAUCAAAGCAAUUUGUCAGUCCUCGAAACAGUCGGAAUAGUAUUUUUCUGAUAGAGCUUUCGAGACCUUCUUCAAUUAGGUUCUUAUAUCCACAAUCGUGUUAAAGCGGUGCCUUUUGGGUUUGCUGAAUUGCCAGAAGUCGCACCGAGCCAAGUCACGAGAAUACGUUAGUUGCGGAACGAUCUGAGUCGAAAACCGAGUAUGACAUGGUUAAUUUUCGUGAUAAGGGAUCCCAUAAUUUCGGCCGUUUCAGACGAAUAUCACGUUUGCAUUGGUCUUUUCAGUCUUGCUUCACCAAUGGCACGAUAUUUACUCUGAUCAUUCCUGAUAGUCAGACAGCAAAGAUGCACACACAUCAACGCGACGCCUUUUUUCCAAAAAAUGGCACCAAUUGAGACUUGACAGACCUAGCUUUAAAUAAAAAUUUCACCUUACUUUCUGAUAACAGUACAACAUGAAGAAUCUAUAGAAACCCUCAUCUCUCGAAUAACAUUCAUGAACACACAGCAAAAGCUCGGCGAAACAUUUAUCAAGGGUAUACCCAAAAAAAUCAAAUAUUUCAUCGUUAAUUCAAGUGUCCUCUCUUAAGGUUCAGUAGUAGUAAUAAAGAAUAUUAUUAUUGCAAUUUUUUCCACCAAUUCAGCACGAUUACUAGCUUCCGGACGACCUGGUCUUUGGAUGUCAUUUAAAUUUAAACUACCAUUUUUAAAUCGUGUAGAGCAACGUAUAAACUUGAGUUCGACUCAUCAAUUCGUAUGUUCCAGAGAAUUGUUAUUUAGGCUUAAUACAAAAUUUUAUAUUUGCUCUUUGUAAAAAUGAAACAAUCGCUUGACAAAUGAUGAAUGUAUAUUUUUAAAGUUGCAAAUUUUCAAUAGAUAACGUCGCAUAAAUAUAAAGUUCGGUUAUUUUUUGGAUACACCUAAUACCUGAUGACCAUCAUCAGGAACUUUAUUUGCCAAUAUACUUAUUAUGGAUCUUUGCAGAUUUCCAAAUAGUUAUUUGAAGCAAUAAUCAGAAAAAGGUUGUAAUGUAUUGAGAUAAUUGCGGAAUUCGAUAGUUUUGAGAUAUAUUUAGAUAUAUGAGAUAGCUUGUCUGUGUGAGUCUUGCUUCGAUCAAGAGACUUCAUUGAGUUAAUACAUUAAUGCAGCAGAUAAUUAAUAUUAUAUGUCUUUUUAUCGUAUAUCAAUUAUGGCAACUCGGCUUGAAUUAUCCUUAAACAGCUUCGGCGAUCAUAUCAAAGUAUAGAAUUUUGUUCUAGGGCAUAAUAUAUGUGUAUUAAAUUUGCAGGCUUUAUACAAUAUAAAUUAAAUUAAUGGACAUUAUUCGUAAAAAUGAAGGCGUAUUAGAAAAUAAUUAUAAAAAUUAAAUUGAUAUUAAACAAUACUUGUUAAUGCAGCAGAAAAUUAAGUGUCGAAGUUAGUAUAACUAAAUAUGUAAAUAUAAUUAAAUAUAAAAUACAAUUUAAUAGUUGAAUAAAUAAAGCAAAACAUUCGAGCAUUUAUUGCCAGCCGCAAUAUUUCCUAUAAAAGGUAUGAAAUGCUACCUUGAAUAGUUCCUUUUCAAAUAAACGAAGAAAAACUCAAAUAUUUACAGCAAAUAAAAAUCGAACGAACUUGUUGUUAAGAGCCAAAACGAAAUGCUCAAAUCUAUAACUUAUUUAUUUUUACUAAUUCUAUUUAAAUAAGUAAUUUAGUUAACAUAAAGUUGGAAAUAUUUCAGCGAAAUACUACUAUAAAACUUAUUCCGCUAAAAAACAUAUCACAAUAUGAACUAUUUAAAUAUCUAAGCAAUUUAUUGCGAAAUUAGUCUAAAUGUCCGAGCGAUAUUAUGUAAAUAUUGUUGUAUAUACUUAAAAUAUAAUAAUUUACCAUCAUUUGUGUCUUAAUAAAUGAAGUCAAUAAUGAGUUGAAAUAUUAUUAUUAAUUUCAAAAUAAAACAAAGAACGAACGAAAACAAA